GUACCUGUUCCAAGUGCAACCUUGUGUUGAUCACAAAAAAUGAGGAAUGUUUCUGUUGCACGGGAAUCAUGGGUUGUAUGGACAGAAUGAACGAGCUUGAAGAAGAAGUAGUCUGCAUUACAAAUCAUUCAGCUUCCAAAACCAUCUGCCUGGAUAAGUGGGUACUAGAAGUUGCUGCUAUUGGACUCAAAACGAGGAAAAACAAGAGUUAUACUGUCCUAAGAAAAAAAGGUUUAGCCUCGGAACCAGAGUUCCUGCGGUCAGUGGCUUACAGGCAAUUCUUUUGCUUUAUAUGGGAUUUCACAAGAAAUUCGACAAGACUGCCUUUGCCAUGUUGUGUUUACCAUAUUAUAAGAGAGACAUUUCCCUCAGACAAUGGUAAUUACAGGGGAUUUAUAGAAGAUGAUGAAAAUAUCAUAGAUGAGCCAAACACAGACUCUGGUGACUUAAGCUAACUAUGUAAAAUAAAUUGCAACUUUACAAUAAUAUGACAGAAACUARCAAGA